AUGAGGAGAAAUGAGGAGCCGCACAGACUGCAGGGGAUCCACCCUGAACCUGCCAGCAAAGUCAUAGUGCGAAAGCCCAAAACUGUGGGGAAACGAUGUCUGCAGUCUACACUCUACAGAGCUUUCCCAGGACCACUUCCUGACCCCGACAUCAUCGCAUCGGGAGAGAAAUUACGCCAGCUGGAGUCCCCGCCACUCAUAGCUCUUGUUUUAGAAGGUCUCUCAACUUUGGAGCUGGUUCCGUCCAAAUUUGGGCCUGUGCCUUGA